CGCAGGUGGUGCGGCGGCGACACAGGACAACACACCGCGAGAGCGCAUGGCGCAUGCGACAAACCUUCGCCAGGCCUACGCACUCCUCACUGCCUCCUCCUCCGAGGCUGAGCGCCGCGCUGCCAACGAGUGGCUCGUGGGGUUCGCAAAGACGGCGGAGGCAUGGGGGGCGGCCGAGGAGCUGGUGCGGCCAAGCGAGGCGGCGGAGGAGGUCGCCUUCUUCGCGGCAAACCUGCUCUACUCGAAGAUCAAGACCGAGUGGCACACCCUCGCGGACGCGCCUCGUCGCCAGCUACGCGACGCACUCUGGUCCGCCGCUUGCGGCCGGCCCUCCGGCGGGGAGGGACAGCCCGGGCCGGCGGCGCGGCGGCUAUGCCUGGCGCUGGCGGCGGCAGCGGCGCGGACGGAGGGCCUCGCCGAGGAGUCCACGCGCCUCGCCCUCUCGCUGGCGGCGGCGGCGGACGCUGUGCAGGGCGGUCUUGCGGUGGAGCUGCUGGGAGCACUCGCAAACGAGGUGGUGGCGGAGGAGGAGGCGACUGGCGCCGCCUCGCCGGGCAGGAGCGGGCUGCGGGCUCUCGCCCCUGCUGUGCUGUGCGCGCUGCAGGCCCUCGCCCCACUCUCUUCCAGCAUGUGCAUCGGGUGCUUGCGCGCGCUUCAGGCUUGGCUGGCGCUCAACGCCGGAUCGUCCCUCGCCUCGCUCUACGCCGGCCAAGGCCCCCUGCUCGCCGCCACCCUCAAUGCCCUCGCCGCCGUCAACAACGAGCCGCUCAAUCUCGCCGCUGCCGACGCGCUCGGCGAGCUUCUCACGAGCACAAACAGCCCGCUGCCUGCCAGCGCGCCGCGGGGCGCCCGCGACGCGGCGGAGGCGGUCGCGGCACAGUUCGGCGUCCUCGCGCGUGAGGUGCGGCUGGCGGAGCUCUUGAUGAGCGGCGAGCCGGCGGACGACCGGCUCUUCUACUUUUGCCGCGCGCUGUGCGCGUUUGCGGAACGGUGCGUCGAUCUGGUCGCCGUGACGGAAGGGUCGUUGCUCCCGCUCGUGGAGCUGCUGCUGCUGUGCGCGGGCGGCGAGCUGCGCGUUGCGGAGCUGUCGAUCGACUUUUGGGUCGGGCUGCAGGACACGGCCGUCGCGCAGCGGCACGAGCGGCUGCGCGCGCCGCUGUACCGCCGGCUGGCGACGCUGCUGCUCGACAAGUGCACUUUGCCGGCGGACUUCACAUCGUGGGACGAGGCCGCGGAGGACGAGGAGGAGUUUCGCCGGUUCCGGGAGCAGUCCGCUCUCGAGGUGCUGGGCGCGUGCCUCUCCCUCCUCGCGUGCGAGUUCGUCGGCCAGCUCCAGGCGAUGCUGCAAGGCUCGCCGCCCUGGCAGAAGCUCGAGGCGGCCCUCUUCGUGCUCCGCGGCCUCCACGUCCAGAUCAAGGGCGCGCUGCGCGGCAGCGCGGCCGACGGCGAGGGGCGGCCCUCGGCGGCAGCAGAGCUACAGGCUGCAUUGAAUCAGCUGCUCGGGUUCGUGUUCGGCCAGCUGGCGGCGUGGCGGCCGAGCGGCGCGACGCUCCUCGUCGAGUCGGCCAUGCGGCUCGUGGGCGCCUUCGCCAAGUGGCUGCAACGGGACGAGGCGCCAGAGUGCGAUUGUGCGCUGCUUCGCGGCUGCCUCCGGCUGGUGCUCGAGGCCGUCCAGGCGGGAGGAGCGCCGGAGCACGCCGCAGAAGCGUUCCGAGCGCUGUGCAUCCAUGGCCGAAGGAGGCUCGCGAGCGCGGCGUAUCUGUCCGAGCUCGUCGGUCCGUGCACGGCGCUCGCCGGAUCGGCGGCCCUCGCGUCCAGCGUCCGGCUGACGCUGCAGGAGGCGCUCGCGCGGCUGGUCGGCGCCGCUCCCUCGCCUGCCGAGGCGGAGCAGCUGCUUCACGCGCUCGUCCGCGCGCCGUGCGAGCAGCUCGCCGCCCUCCUGCCCCACUUGCCUCCCUCCGACGGCGCGUCCGUGCCGCCCGAGACCGCCCCGCGCGCGAGCGACGGCAGCGACGGGUCGCGAGGAAGCGGAGGGGAGGCGUCCGCCACCGCGGCCAGCACCCAGGGCGUGGAGGAGGCGGUUGCGACGCAGCUGGCGCUGAUUGGCGCAGCCAUCCGAUUCAGCGACACGAUCCACGUGGGCGGCGGCGGCAGCUGCGCGGCGCACCCCGUCUUCGCUGUCCUCUCCUACUGCUGGCCGCUGCUACAGGACGCGCCGCGCCGCGGGGGCCACGCGGCUACUGUGAACGGCGUCUCUUCACAGGCGCUGCUCGAGCUGCACGGUCGCGCGAUGGGGUGCCUUGGCGGCGGCCUCGCGCCUCUGUUGCCGUCGAUUCUGGAGCAGAUCGGCACGACAUUCUGCCGCCGGCCGGCCAUUGAGCUGUACGGGGAGUCGCACGAGGCGCCUCUCUCCGACACACUCGAGCGGUUCGUCGACGCGGUCUGCGGAUGGCUCGCGUCGACCGCCGCGCCCGAGGCCGAGCCCGAGCUGCUCAGCGCCUUCUUCGAGCUCUGCCACCGCUGCCUCGUCUUUCGGCCGCAGCUGCUCCUCUCGCUGCCGUGCGUCGCGUCAUUAUUCGACGCCGCUGCGGCGUGCGUCGCGCACCAGGCCCACCAAACCCACCUUGAGCACAUCUCGGCAACAUCUUCAGCCACAUCUCGGCGUGUUGCACGCCAGGAGUUCCAGCAUACACGCGCGGCCAUCACCUUCCUCUGCCUCUUCCUCUCGGGAGCCGACGCCGGCAUUUCGAACCGCGAGCUGUGA